AUGGAGAUAGCUUUUCUCACGCUGUUGGUUCUCUCUCUGCUCCUGUUCCCCAGUGGAAUCUGCAAGAGUUUGGCUGCAGGGCCUCCUGUUGUGAAUAUUGGCUCUAUUCUUCAAUUUAACUCCACCACUGGAGGUGUUGCGGAGGUUGCCAUCCGUUCAGCCUUGGAAGAUAUCAACUCUGAUCCAAUAGUUCUAAAUGGAACUACACUAAAGGUUAAAAUAAAAGAUACAAAUUGCUUUGAUGGUUUCCUUGGCAUGGCUCAAGGUUUGCAGUUCAUGGAGACUGAUGUUAUUGCAAUCGUUGGCCCUCAGUGCUCCACAAUUUCUCAUAUAAUUUCAUAUGUUGCAAAUGAGCUCCGAGUCCCUUUGAUGUCCUUUGCUUCUGAUGCAACUCUUUCAACGAUACAGUUCCCAUUCUUUGUCAGAACUGGUUCCAGUGAUCUCUAUCAAAUGGCGGCUGUGGCAGCACUUGUUGAUUAUAACCACUGGAAGAUAGUGACUGCCAUAUACAUUGAUAAUGAUUAUGGUAGAAAUGGAAUUAUUGCUUUGGAUGAUGCACUCACUAUAAAGCGUUGCAAAAUCUCAUACAAGGUGAGUUUUCCUUCCAAUGCUAAAAGGAGUGAGCUCAUAAAUUUGUUGGUUAGUGUCAGUUAUAUGGAGUCUCGUGUUAUCAUUCUCCAUACUGGAGCUGAACAUGGACUCAAGUUUUUCUCCAUGGCAAACCAACUGAACAUGAUGGGCAACGGCUAUGUGUGGAUUGCAACUGACUGGCUGUCUGCGUAUCUUGAUGCUAAUUCAUCAGUUCCUGCUGAGACUAUAUCUGGCAUGCAAGGUGUUCUUACUUUACGGCCACAUAUCCCCAACUCAAGGAUGAAGAGUAAUUUGAUCUCCAAGUGGAGCAGGCAAAGUCAUAAGUACAACCAUAGUGAUCUUCGUGUAAAUACUUAUGGUUUUUAUGUUUAUGAUAGUGUCUGGGCACUAGCUCGGGCUCUUGAUGCCUUCUUUGGUGAUGGUGGUAGGAUUUCCUUUUCAAAUGACUCGAGGUUGCGCGAUGAAGCUGGGGAAACUCUUCACCUUGAAGCAAUGAGCAUUUUUGACAUGGGAAAUAAAUUAUUGGAGAAUAUUAGAAAGGUAAACUUCACUGGGGCAUCUGGGCAAGUGCAAUUCGAUGCUUCAGGUGACCUCAUUCAUCCUGCAUAUGAUAUCAUAAACCUCAUCGGAAAUGGCAUGCGGACCAUUGGUUUUUGGUCAAAUUAUUCUGGCUUACUGUCGACCAUCUCUCCAGAGGCUCUAUAUUCAAAGCCUCCUAAUACUUCUCUAGCCAAUCAGCAUCUCUAUGAUGUUAUUUGGCCUGGGGAGACUGCACAGAGGCCUCGAGGAUGGGUUUUUCCUUCAAAUGCCAAGGAGUUAAAAAUUGGUGUUCCCAACAGAUUUAGCUUCAAAGAGUUCGUCACGGAAGACAAUGCUACUGGGUCAAUUAAUGGUUAUUGCAUCGAUGUCUUUACUCAGGCAUUGUCCUUGCUUCCUUAUCCUGUUAGCUACAAGUUCAUACCUUUUGGGAGUGGUACUGAAAAUCCUAGUUAUGACAAACUCAUACAGAUGGUUGAAUCAAAUGAGUUUGAUGCAGCUAUAGGGGAUAUCGCAAUUACAAUGAGCCGGACAGUCGCUAUAGAUUUCACCCAGCCAUUCAUUGAAACAGGCUUGGUUAUCUUGGCUCCAGUUAAAAAGCAUAUAAAAACAUCCUGGGCAUUCUUGCAGCCAUUUACUUUGGAGAUGUGGUGUGUUACAGGGUUGUUCUUUCUUAUUGUGGGUGUGGUUGUUUGGGUUCUUGAACAUCGAAUCAAUGAGGAUUUCCGGGGUCCACCAAGUCAACAAAUAAUAACUAUUUUCUGGUUCAGCUUUUCGACUUUGUUCUUCUCCCAAAGAGAAAAUACUAGGAGUACCUUAGGGCGUGGUGUCCUGAUCAUAUGGCUAUUUGUUGUUUUGAUCAUUGUAUCCAGCUAUACUGCUAGUCUUACUUCCAUCCUGACCGUGCAACAACUUGAUACUUCUAUAAAAGGAAUCGAUGACCUGAAAAGUAGUGAUGAUCCUGUUGGUUUCCAAGUUGGUUCGUUUGCACAAGACUACAUGGUUAAUGAACUGAACAUCUCACGGUCAAGGCUACGAGCUCUUGGUUCCCCGCAAGAAUACGCUGAUGCCCUGCAGCUAGGCCCUAAGAAAGGAGGUGUUAUGGCUAUUGUCGACGAGCGACCCUAUGUUGAGCUGUUUUUGUCAACUUACUGCAAGAUUGCGGUAGCUGGCUCAGAUUUCACCAGCAGAGGAUGGGGCUUUGCAUUUCCAAGGGACUCCCCUUUGCAAGUAGACCUGUCCACCGCAAUCCUGUCAUUGUCAGAGAAUGGGGAGCUGCAGCGGAUCCGUGACAAGUGGGUCAAGACAGGCGAUUGCACAACUGACAACAGCGAGUUUGUUGACUCGGACCAGCUCCGCCUCGAGAGCUUCUUUGGCCUGUUCCUAAUCUGUGGUGUGGCAUGUGUCCUCGCGCUGCUCAUCUACUUUGGUAUCAUGCUACGCAAAUACCUCAAACAUCAUCCGAGGAGGAGCCUUAGAAGAUUCAUCUCCUUCGUCCAUAAGAAGGAGCCACCGAAGAACAUGGAGAGGCGAUCCAUGAGCCUGCUUAGAAGCUCGACACCAACAACGCCGAUGAGCAGCCUUACUGCCCUUGACAUAGAAAGGCCGGCCAGGCCAGUUAGAAAUGACAGCGCUAUUGACAUGGAAAGCUAG